GUGUCCGGAAGCUCAAAUCUCCAUGGCUGUCCAUUCUCUGCGGUUUCCAGUCUCUGCAACAUGCCCCAUCCAAAACCUAGCUUCAACUCUCUCAACCGUCAGAUUCUCAAUCACAGUCAACCACAUUCGACUCCUUUCUUCUUCUGCUUCCGCUUCAUCUCCACCGUCCACUUCUCAUACUUUGACUCCAAAGCUGUGCGCCGGAAAGUGGGAGCCUUUCCGCAAAAAGAAAGUCGUUUUGCGUCUCGGCUACGUCGGCUCCGACUACAGAGGCCUGCAAAUGCAAAGAGAUGAACAUUCAUUAUCAACUAUUGAAGGGGAACUGGAAAGUGCUAUUUAUAAGGCUGGUGGAAUUCGUGAUAGUAACUAUGGAAAUUUGAACAAAAUUGCUUGGGCUAGAAGUAGCCGAACUGAUAAAGGAGUUCACUCCUUGGCAACCAUGAUAUCUAUGAAAAUGGAAAUUCCUGAAGACGCAUGGAAGGAAGAUCCUUGUGGCAUUGACCUUGCUCAACGCAUGAACACCCAUCUUCCUGAAAAUAUCAAAGUUUUCAGCAUUUUACCUUCUCAAGGGAGUUUUGAUCCUAGAAGGGAGUGUAAUCUCCGGAGAUACUCUUACCUACUUCCGGCUGAAAUCAUUGGAAUCAAAAGUCAGUUUACUGUGGCUGAAAUUGAUUAUCAUAUAUCAGACUUCAAUGAUAUAUUAAAUGCCUUUGAGGGGGAACAUCCUUUCCAUAACUACACAGUGCGAUCCAAGUACAGGAAACAACCUCCUAAGAAUGGUCGUGUGUCAAAAAGAGCAAGAUCAUCUAGAGAGGCAUCAUUGUCUGAUUCAGAGGGGAGUGAAGGAGAAGAAAAUGUGGGGGUUGAUGGAGCCAAUUCAUCAGAUUGUGUGGAAACAAUUCAAAGUUCUUUGGAGUCUGUUGUGAAUCACGAACACCUAGAUGACAGCUGUAAUAAGCAUGAAAGUGAUAUAAAGGAUCACAUUUGUGAUUCAGUUGUUCGUGCAAGAUGGCUGUAUGAACCUGAUGAAACAGACAGAAUUGGUGCUUCCCACUUCAGAAAGAUUUUUCACUGUUCUUGUGGGAAGCUGGAGAAAUCACUUGGGUUUGAUUAUGUUGAAAUUUCCAUAUGGGGUGAGUCUUUCAUGUUGCAUCAGAUUCGCAAAAUGGUUGGGACUGCUGUGGCAGUUAAGCGGAAUUUACUACCGCGAGAUAUCCUCACUUUGUCUCUGGCAAAGUUCUCUCGAAUUGUUCUACCCUUGGCUCCAUCUGAAGUUUUAAUUCUGAGGGGAAAUAGUUUUUCCUUGAGAAAAAGACCCGGGGUUGUUACCAGACCUGAAAUGCUGAGAAUGGUUGAGUCAGAGGAAAUUCUCAAGACAGUUGACGAAUUCUACAAGUCUGUCAUGCUGCCUCAAGUUUCACAAUUCUUGGAUUCUUCAAAGUCUCCUUGGAAGGAGUGGGUUGUGAAUUUGGAUGAGAACACAAGCAUUCCGGAUGAACAGUUAGAUGAAGUGAGGAGAGCUUGGAAGUUGUGGAAAGAGAAGUUUGAUUCUAUUAGAACGGGUGUUGCAUUGCAUCAGUCAUAAAUCAAUGAAGGUAGGCAAAUUUAUCGUCUUAUUUAAUAAUGGUCUUGGAUUGUGCUUCUAGCAUUUGCUAAAAUAGGAAAUCAACUGAAUCUUAGCCAUCGUUGAUGACAAGAUUUUGGUAGAUAACGAUGGCUAGAUUUUGGUCAUAGAUCUGGCUGUUUUUUGUCAGAUCCACGAUGGAUUUGUUCGAAAAAGGUUAGAUCGGCCUAUGACUGAUAAGAUCAAGCUGAUCUUAGUAUGGACGUUGUUAGUUGCCAUUCGGAGGUGAUGGUCAAUUUUCGGUAGUGGUUUGAGUAUAAACUUUUAUUGUGAAAGGUAAUUAUUAAACAU